UUUCUCACUAACCGCAACGAUGUGUCAGAACAUAUCGAUUUAAACGUAAAAAUAUAUACAUUUUCAGAUCUUUAUAAAUUGCUUGGAUUUAAUUAUCAUCAUUGUGCCUGUUGGUUGUAAAACACGGAGCCGAGAGAAGGGUCGGUGGGAAUUCGGAGGCGUUUGAGUUUGCUCAGAAGUCAGUAUUACACAUUUCAGAGAGCUCCGGAAGAGUGUCCUGGACAAAACACACAAUGCACACACACAAACACACACUUCCCAAAUCCACUGCUGAGGAAAGCCAGUGCCUGUGACUAUAAUAAUAUUGUGGAGAAGCCCUACUGUUGUGCUCACACUGGACUCCACCAGAGGAAAACAAUAGAGAGACUUCAGAAGUGCUUGUGAAAUCUUGCAUAGUGAAAGUUCCACUUUUUUGAACUCCUUCCUGGGAUUCAUUACAUUUUUCUUGCUUGAUGGACUACUUUCUGGACUUGGCUUGGAUCAGCUCUUGAUAAUGCUCUUCAGUGGCUGCGAGCAGUUCAGUGGUUAGCAUGCAGAAUAAGGACCAAUUCUUUAAUGUCCACUACAGUAUGUUUAUUCUGCCCCCUGCAGGAUGGAGGUGUCCUGUUUGGACCUGGCUCUGGAGGGGGAGCGGCUGUGUAAGGUGGGGGAUUACAGCGCUGGUGUUUCUUUCUUCGAGGCUGCCAUGCAGGUUGGUACAGAAGACCUGCAGGUUCUGAGUGCCAUCUACAGUCAACUGGGAAAUGCCUACUUCCACCUACAUGACUACAGCAAAGCUCUGGAGUUCCACCACCAUGAUCUCACUUUAAAUAGGAACACGGGUGAUCAGCUUGGUGAGGCCAAAGCCAGCGGUAACCUGGGGAACACAUUAAAGGUUUUGGGACGCUUUGAUGAAGCUGUGGUCUACUGUCAGAGGCAUUUAGAUAUUGCAAGGGAACUGGGCGACAAGGUGGGGCAGGCCCGAGCACUUUAUAAUUUUGGAAAUGUAUACCACGCCAAAGGGAAGAGCAUCUGCUGGAGUGGAGCAGAGCCUGGUGACUUCCCUGAGGAAGUUAUGACAGCACUUAGAAAAGCUGCUGAAUACUACGAGGCAAACCUGUAUAUUGUGAAAGAGCUUGGAGACAGAGCAGCACAGGGAAGAACCUAUGGGAACCUGGGCAACACAUACUACCUGCUAGGAAACUUCCGGGAUGCAAUGACCUCCCACGAACAGCGUCUGCUUAUUGCUAAAGAGUUCGGUGACCGCUCCGCAGAAAGGAGAGCCUACUGCAAUCUUGGAAACACCUGCAUAUUCCUUGGGGAGUUCGAGAAGGCUGCGGAACAUUACAGGAAAGCUCUGCAAUUGGCACGGCAGCUUAAGAAUCUGGCGGUGGAGGCUCAGGCCUGCUACAGUCUGGGUAACACAUACACACUGCUGCAGGACUAUGAGAGAGCCAUCGACUACCAUCUCAAACAUCUCAUUAUCGCUCAGGAUCUCAAUGACAGGAUUGGUGAAAGCAGGGCCUGUUGGAGUUUAGGAAACGCACAUACAGCAUUAGGGAAUCAUGACCAGGCAAUGCACUUUGCUGAGAAACACUUGGAAAUCUCAAAAGAGACUGGAGAUCGGAGCGGUGAGCUAACUGCUCGUAUGAACGUCUCAGAUCUUCAGAUGGUGCUCGGCCUCAGUUACAGCACAAACAGUUCGGUCCUAUCUGAGGACAAAGAGAUUGACUACAACCUGCAUGGUGCCAGACCCAGGAUGAGUCGACGGCACAGUAUGGAGAAUCUGGAGUUGCUAAAACUUACACCAGACAAGAUUACCGGUCAGAAGUGGAACAGUGACAUCCUCUUCAAGCAGUCCAAAUCCACACUGGCUAAAUCAUCCUCCAAACUCUCCUUUGUCAACCGUUUCCGAGGAAAGAAACACAAACUGCAGAGCAGCUCCAGUAAUAUCUUGCAGGAUACUAGCAACACACAAGAAACUCCUCAGAACAAACAUGGGAGUACAGACAUGUUAGGAGAUGAAGGCUUUUUUGAUCUGUUAAAUCGUUUCCAGAACAACAGGAUGGAUGACCAGCGAUGUGCCAUACAGCAUGGGAAGAGCCACAAGUCUAGCUCCUCCUCCCCACCAUCCACCCCGCCCAGAUCUAUCAUGAAAUCGUUCUCAGAGUCCGCUGCGACUCCAGGUCAGGAGCCGUUUCUCAGAUUGUUGGCAGGUGCUCAGGGCAGGAGGCUGGAUGAACAGAGGGCAGGAUCAGGAAACAGUCUGCCCGGCCUGCACACCCUGACUGAACACAGUAACACUAACAGCAGACAGAUGAUUUUAAGUCAGAUUAUGACCAGCACGGACACCACUGAGCCUGAUGACAAGUUCUUCGACAUUCUCGUCAAGUGUCAGGGGUCUCGGCUGGAUGAUCAGAGGUGUGCCGCCCCUCUUCCCUCCUCCCGUGGUCCCACUGUCCCGGAUGAAGACUUCUUCAGUCUCAUCAUGCGUUCACAGGCCAAGAGGAUGGACGAGCAGAGAGUCACACUGCCCUCCUGCCGCUGAACUCCUGUACAUACACUUCAAAACUCCAUGAAGUGCACAAGUAUUAUAAAUCUCAUGCUGAUACAAACACAAAGAUGGUAAAGUCACUUACCAUCAACCAUAACUGUGUUUUGUGUGCUCGAUGAUAAUGGACAUUUACCCUUUAAUGGCAUUUCAUGUACAGCAAUAAUGAAUGAUUCUAUGGGGUAAAAAAACAUUUUCUGUAAAUAACAUUUUAACUUUUUAAUCAGAUUUAAGCUCUUGUUCAUUUGAAGUUUUAAGGUUAUUGUAGUUGAGGAUGUUUUUCUUUUUGUAUGAUUAUUGCAAUGAAUCACACUAGUGUAUCUUUUGAUACAAGACUGCAGGUUUGUUUGUUUGUAUUUAUUUUAACAUUUUUAAUAUCACUUUUUACCCUUUAUUUAGUAUGAGAUGUGUAGUUAAAGAGGCAGCACUGUAUUUUUGUAAAAUAACAGAAUUAAAGUUACAAGGAAGUGGUUAAACUAUUAAUGUACCUACACUGUCAAACUAGACAAUACAACAUGAAUGAAUUUAGGACAUGACUAUAGAAAUAAAACCUGUAUAGGAAAAAAGCUAUGAGACAAUGCUUACCUUAUUCAAUGUUUUUAUUAGACAGAAAAUAUUUUGCAUGCAUUUUGAGAAUCAGAUAUUUACAAUUUUACAGACUAUUUAACUGUAGUAAUGAACGUCAUUUACGAAAAUCUCCUUUACAAAAAUAUUUUUCUCCGAAGCUGCUGUAUUGGGUGACAUCAUCAGGAAUUCUCCAGCUCCACAAUACUGCUUAAACAUACUAUAUGUAGGCUUUGUAGGCAGUCCAGAUCUUCAGCUAUGCCAAAGAGUGGAGAACCCAUUGUUUUUUCUUGGAUUCAAACUGCAGGUGCUAGGUCAACAGUACAUAUUAACACACUGACUUUACACCCCAUGCCACUACAGCAACUGUUUGGUUUGUUAUGUGGCAGAUGCUAUUUAUGGGUGCAAAUAGACACUCCGUAAAUGGAAAUAAUUGAUAUUUCACUAUAUCCUCUUAUAAAGCAUACAUUUUCUUAUACCUCUUUAUAUUUUCAGUCCCAUGCUGAAAACUGUGAGAACAGUUUAAAAUCAGAGUACCACCAGCACAAAUAUAGUUAUAAAAACUGUUUAAGAACAUGUAUUCCUAUAUCGCAACAUUUCAUUUACACAAAAAGCUAUAUCUAUAAACCAAUUGGAGACAGGUAAGCAAACUGCACACACUGUAACAUUUUGGUAGCUCAAGGAACACAAGGACUUUUUAGUAGAUGUUUUAUAUAUUAUUAUUAAUCCAAUUUCUUUUGAUCCAUUUCCCAUUCUAAGAGGCAAUUCUAACAGAUCCUCUAAAAUGUAGGGCUGCUCUUCUUUUAAGAUUAUCAUGAAUACAGAUUUCACAAUGAUGGCAACUCAACACACUAUAAUCACAUGUUAUCCUGACUAGUCAAAUAAUGUGUAAUUUUUGAAUAUUCCUUCUAAUAAAUAAUGUGUUGCUUAAGAAGUUUCUCAGCAAUGCUGUUUACAAGUUUAACCAUUUUAAUAA